AUGUUUAAAAAUUUCAAAGAAAAACAUGGGGGAUUCUUUGACUCUAAGCAAUCCAAUGCUUCGGAAAGCGAUCGCGGUCAAGAUCUAUCAUCGAUCUUGGACCGAUCGCAGCGUGCUGACUUAACCGUCCUCGUUGCUGAGGUAGCUGAGUCAAUGCGGCUUCGGAUCUUGGAACUUUAUGAGCCCACAAACUCUAAGGUUGACUCUCCCAAUCGCUCCAGUCCGCGUCCAUCUCCGGAGACAGGCAAUGAUGAAGACACGCCAUCUUUGCCCCAAAGACCACCAGGCAAGGAGGCCUCGGGAAACAACGGAAGUCCACGGCAGGGCUCUAAUUCCAAGCCUUUAAGCCCUCCGGAGAAAGGCAUUGUCCUUUCUACUUUCGAUGACUGGAGAGAUUCCGUUCUUUUGCGUGUUGGCGCGGUCGUCAAUAAAGAUAAUGACGAUGAGGGAGGGAAUGAAGGCCAAGGAGAGCUGCAGAACGCUGCCAAGUCUGAUGAUCUUCCAUUGGACGAGGAUAAAGAUAGAUUGGCCAAGUUACAAGAAAUAUACCACCCCAUGAAAACGUCAUUGGCUGAACUUCCUAAAGCAACAAGACUACUUAUUCUUCACUCGCUUCUCCUUUUAAUGCUCAGCUUAGAGCAUUACAGUGCUUACUCAAGGGUCUUGAUGUUGAAUGUCACAUCCAGUCUGAACAUAGAUAUCAACGUGCUCAAUCAAGACGAAGUCAGUGUCGCCCGCGGAUUGCUGCAAACAGCUUUGGCACUCUCGGCAGACCAAGAUGCUAAAGAGCAACCGAAGAAAAAAGACGAUAUGAGGAAAUGGAAAAUUGGCAUUGCAUCCGUGGCUGGAGCCGCCUUAAUUGGCCUCACUGGCGGACUCGCAGCUCCGUUGGUAGCGGCAGGUCUGGGAACUGUCAUGGGUGGAUUGGGCCUUGGCGCCACCGCUGCUGCUGGGCUUCUGGGUACUUUGGCUGGAAGUAGCGUUGUUGUCGGUGGUCUGUUCGGCGCCUAUGGCGGGCGUAUGACUGGUCGCAUGAUGGAAAAGUACGCACGUGAGGUGGACGAUUUUGCAUUCAUACCGAUCCGAGGAGAACGCCGCCGGAACGGGAAAGAUAAGGAAUCUACAGGUAAGGACUCUUCGGAGAAGAAGUCUGCUGAGCAAGAUCAUCGUUUACGAGUUACCAUUGGUGUCACCGGUUGGGUCAAGGAGGAGUCGAACUUCGUGAUCCCUUGGCGGGUGAUUGGUGCUGACUCUGAAGUGUUCGGUCUUCGUUGGGAGAUGGAGCCUUUGAUGAACUUGGGCAAUGCGAUCUCGGCUCUUGUGACUAGCGCAGCAUGGUCCGUUGCCGGACGUGAGGUCUUGGCUCGUACCAUCUUCCACACCAUCAUGAGCGCGGUGAUGCUUCCUCUAGGUCUCUUGAAACUGGCUAGCGUCGUUGACAACCCGUUCAGCGUGGCCAAAGCCCGCGCCGACAAAGCGGGUGAGGUUCUCGCGGAUGCGCUGAUCAACAAAGCCCAGGGAGAACGACCCGUCACCUUGAUGGGCUAUUCUCUGGGAUCUCGGCUGAUUUUCUCCUGUCUACAAAGUUUGGAAAAGAGAGACGCUUACGGGUUGGUCGAGUCGGUCAUUAUGAUGGGCUCACCCACCCCUUCAGACACGCAGGACUGGCAAAAGAUCCGCAGUGUCGUAAGCGGACGUGUUGUGAACGUGUUCUCUGAGAAUGACUCCGUACUUGCUUUCCUCUACCGAACGAGUAGCCUGCAGCUCGGUGUCGCCGGAUUGCAGCCAGUCGAGGGUGUUCCAGGCGUUGAAAAUCUCGACGUAAGCGAAAUGAUCAGCGGUCAUUUGCGGUACCAAUUUCUUCUUGGCAAAAUCCUUGCCCUUAUUGGGCUUCAGGACCUUGAUCCCAAUGAGAUCGAACGCGAAGAAGCUGCUCUUGCCAACGAGGACAAGCGACAGGAGAAGGAGCGGCUGGAGAACGAGCGCGAGGCUGGUGUGGAAGAUCGGGAAUCAUCUGCUGCCCGUGAUACCCUGAACAGCCAGGAUGGCUUUAGGGAAGAUGCCCGGUUGCAGAAGAAAGUCGAAACGCAGACUCAGGAGAAUAUGACAACCCACCGGAUUGAAAUGCUUGAUUUGGAUGACGACGAUUACUCAGCGCCUUUGAAGGAAGAUCCCUCGAAGCACGCUGCCCUUUAA